AUGGACCUCGAUCGGCAUAAACUAUUCUUACUGAUCUUGGUAGUUUAUCACUUAGUUGCAAUAGGGCUAUUUGCUAAAGGCUACUUUCCUAUUAAGACUAAUGCUGCAGGGUACUCUACUUUAGUGACUACUCCACCAGAACCGUAUAAACCGGCUAGAUGCGAUGGAGUAUGGUGUGGCAGCAAUUAUACAAUACCACCUCAAUUUGGUCGAUUGGUCAUUAUGGUCAUCGAUGCUUUACGAGCUGAUUUUAUCUUAAGUCAAACUCAACGUAUGCAAUUUGUUGAGCAGUUAAUUAAUUCACGUCAAGCACUAGCGUAUCCGGUCAAAACUCAUACACCUACAGUUACUACUCCAAGAAUUAAGUCUAUGACUAGCGGAAGUAUACCUGGCUUUUCGGAUUUUUUUGGUAAUAUGGCAUCAACUUCUUUGAAUGAUGAUAAUAUUUUAUCGCAAUUUCUCCGUGCAAAAUGGAAUAUCACUUUCUUUGGCGAUGAUACCUGGGUGAAAUUAUUUCCUAAGCACUUUCUGCGAAAAGAUGGCGUCAUUUCUUUUUUUGUUUCGGAUUUUUAUGAGGUUGAUAAUAAUGUGACUCGCCACGUUCGACCUGAAUUACGUCGAAAAGAUUGGCAAGUGAUGAUCCUUCAUUACCUCGGAUUAGAUCAUAUUGGUCAUACGGCCCGACCAAGCAGUCCCCUUGUAGUACCAAAAUUGAAGGAAAUGGACGACAUUGUUAAAGUUAUCUAUAAUGCCUUGGAGGAUCAGGAUAAACAUACGAAAUUACCUUCAUUGUUUGUGCUGUGUGGUGAUCAUGGCAUGAGCGAUACUGGCAGCCAUGGCGGUGCAUCAUAUGCAGAAAUAAUGACACCAUUUGUCUUUAUGAGUCCCACCUUUGCCGACAAAUCCUUACCUUCAUCCCCCAAAAGCAGCACGGUAGAUAAGCUGUUACAAAAGCAAGUUAAUCAAAUUGAUUUUGUGCCAACAAUUUCAACGCUUUUUGGCUUUCCUAUCCCAAAGAAUAAUUUGGGUGUUGUUAUUAACGAGUUAACUAGCGUCAACUAUGAAGAUGAUCUUGAGUCUUUAAGGUAUAAAUUAAGAUCUCUUCAGUUAAAUAUCGAUCAACUGAUGGUCAUCUGUAAGAAAAAUAUUCCAUCAGAUUCACUAUGGCGUCAUUAUCAACAUAUUCAGCAGUCACAUAGUGAUUGGCUUCGAGAGUACCAUCGAUCAAAUCACUCAAAUAGUAAUCACCUAAUUGUGAAAGCAGAACAUAUUAUAAAUCUGUAUUCUGACCAAUUACAUGCUGUAUAUUUUUUCCUGCUCUAUGGAUUUAUCCACUUUCAGUUAUUUCGAUCAUUUCCACAGACCCUCCCUAUAGAAAAGCUUACAAGCACCGUUGCUGGUUUUAUAUUCUUUAUUUGCUCUUCUUUGAUUAUGCUAAUACAUUUAGUAUUGUGCACAGGUUUAAAUUUUACUAAAAGCGCAUUGUGUAGCAUUAUCUUUCAUACAUUUACGCUAUUUUCCAGUAGCUUUAUCGAGGAAGAACACCAGACAUGGUAUUACAUAUGCCCGACGUUCUUUGCGAUGUUAUCACUAUCCUUUUUAAGACAGUAUUUCUCAGAGACUCGUUGGGGUGAGAAUGUUAUUGCUAAAGCAUCUUCGAGGACUAUUCCUUCCCGAAGUGGAACAAGACGUAUCCGCAAGAUUGUUAGUAGCUCACACUAUGAUCAAACUGCCCAUUCUGGACCUGUUUUUCAUCAAGAUAGGAUGGGCAUGGCUGCAAAUCUAACUAAUUUUGAAGACCAAAGACUCCAAUCUUUUGUCUCUACCUCCGACUUUGAUGACAGUACAACUACUGAUAAAGUCUCCAUUUGGCAAGCGAAGAAGGAAAUUCUUUGUUCUACUUGCAUUUUGGCCUGCAGCCGUCUUAUCAGGUCGUGGAAUCGAACAGGUGAUAAAUGGUCCCAUCUUCCAGACGUCGGAGACUGGCUAAAUUUACCCGAUAACAAAGUUAUUUUAUCAAUUACUUCCCUCCUGUCUUUAUUGGCAAUUCAUAUUUUACGCACGACGUGCCAUACAAAGUUCGAACAAGUAAUUAUAGCUUGCGGACUUUUAUGCUGUUAUGCAUAUCGAGCAGCACUUGGAACUACUAUCUUACCUAUACCUCUAUCUAAUAUGUUGAGAAUUUCUUCCUUACUCGUAGCCUGUGCUCAUUAUAGUAUUGGGCAAGCAUGCUAUUUCGCACUUGGAAAUUCUAAUAGUUUGGCCACAGUUGAUAUUUCAGCUGGAUUCGUUGGAUUAAGAGGGCACAAUGAUAUUGCAAUGGUAAUAUUAACGUUUGUCGGUACCUACACUGGUCAACUAAUCGGAGCCAUGUCCUUUAUCAUAUACAGUUUAAAACAGAGCAACAGCUAUCUAAAUUUAUGGCAAUAUUGUGGUGUCCUGUUAUUGUCCAGAUCGCAAAUUAUUUCCUUCUAUUAUUUACUCGUUGAUGUUAUGAGAUAUCAUCCAUUUUCAUGGAGUGUCUUUUUACCCAAGUUAAUGUACGAAGGGGCUACCUCAAUUGUCUAUUGUUUACUGAUUACCAUUAUAUUAUUUUCGAUUGGGAAAGUUCAGAAUUUUGAGUAUUCUAUUAAAACGUAA